GAAAUGGAUCGAUCGGCAAAUCUGAAAUCGACUCUAUAAUGGUUACCGUAAACCAAUUGUUAGAAAGAUGAACGACUAAUGGAGCAGUUCACCAAAAAUCCCCCGAUUAAUUUGCACCAUGGAAUUGAUUACUCGAUCCCGGACACCUUGAAUCAAUCAAUCUUUCUCUACUUGUAUCACAAUUUAUCGACUGGGCAGCGGUGUGUUCUCCUAAUCUGCACUGAUGGAAAACCCCAGAACGCCGAUGAGAUAUUAGAUUUGAAGAGAGAGGAAGAAGAGGAAAAGAAUACUAAUUGGAAACUAGCCGUUGGACUGAUAACAUUUCCUUAUUUCAAAACAGCAAGGCGUUGGAGGGACUAUUAUCCUGUCAAGGAAGGAACUAACGAAGAGGGCACCUAUGUACUGCCAAUCGAACUACCUUCGACACUCAAAUCAGUGCAAAAGAUGAAGUGGGCUAGGAUGGCUAUUGAUAGUGAUGAGGAGGUGUUGGUCAACUCUUCUGAUUCUGAUGUCGACUCAAAACGGGUUGAGUUGGAUGAUAUGAGCGUUGGGGAAGGCUCCUAG